AUGUCCCAGUCUCAGUCUGAGCUCAUAUCCAUCCUAGCCAACAGAAAGGCGGCACCGCAGUGGAAGCAGCGACCGCAGAAUGCCCCCGCGAUGCCGCAACUGGGAGGUAGGAAAACAGUGGCCGGCAUGUUAUCCCGGUCGGUAAACGUGGAGCCAUCCAGCUCGUCGAACGACUUCGCGACCCAGCAGACAGCGCGCUCUGCGCCUUAUUCCCACCCAAAUACGCAUGGCACGGGCAAUAUAUGGUAUAACGAUGCAACAGUUCUCCGCGAGGGUCAACCGCUAACAGUGUCCAGGGCCACGGACAAUGGCGAAUCCAGUCAACAGACCAAACUCUCCAAGUGA